GUGUGGAGCGCAAUACGGUUUGUUUCAGUGCUCUGUCUGUCUGUACAUUGUGAAGGCUGUGCCCGUUUUGGAGAGGAAUCAGAGGACCUCUGUGGAAGCUAGAAGCGACAUGUCAAGAGAGUCUCCUAACAGCACCGCAGAGGUUGUAGGAUCAAAGCCCGGUCUCGGCAUCACGAUCCCAGAGGACGUUCAGCGACGACUCGGCAUUCUGGAAACGCAAAAGCGUGAGCUUCUCGAAGUCAACAGGAAAUGGGAUGAGCAGUACCGAAACAUGAAGAAGCACUACGAAUCCAAGAUUAUGGAGUUGCGGAGGAAGCUCGCGAUCUGUGACGCAAGUGCGCCUGAGGAAGAGGAGCCCGAGAGGAAGCGCACAGACCUCGAAGAGAGGCUGCUUCAGGCCGAGCAAAACACGGAGGCGGUGCUGAAACGAAACUCCGUGGUCAGUGCGGAUUUACUGGAAGCUGAGAGGCAAACGCGGCGCCUGAGGCUGCAGAACGCAACUCUGACCAGGAGGGGGCAGCAUCAGGAGAGCGAGAUCAGGCGGCUCAACGAGGUACUCAGGGAAGCUCUGCUCUCCACGCAAGAUGAGGCCAGGACACGGGCGGAGGUCCUGACGCAUCAGCUGCAGAUCUACGAGGAGGACUUCCUGAAGGAGAGGGCGGACCGCAGGAGGCUGAGGGAGAGAAACGCGGAGCUGGAGAGGAGGGUGGCCGCGCUCCGCGCCGAGCUGGAGCUGGCCAGGUCGCAGGUGACCGGGACAUCCCCCGCUGCGCCCAAACCGUGGCGCCCAGCCCCCUGCAGUGGUUGCCAUGGAGCCAGCCGUCUCUCUCCAGCUGCGGGGGUCAACGUUUGCGCCCUGUCCCAUCAGCCCGUCCCCCCCCCACCGGCCUCCUGUCGCAACAUGUGCCCCCCAAACGUCACCCCCACAACACCAGCGCCACCAGCCACCAGCGAAGCCCUCCCUCUCCAGACCCCCCUUCUCGAGACAGCCACGGCGCUCCCUGGACUCCCCAUAAGAGCAAAGGCACUACAAGGGCUACAGAGACUACAGAGCACUAAGAGAUGGGCUUUGCUUUUUUGUAAAGCAAUAAUAUUGAAAAUGUUAUAAAAUAUUUUUGAAAGGAUAUGUAAUAACUUAAUUGUAUUUACUAACUUAAUGUUUUGUAAACAUGUAUAUCUUCAAUAUAU